AUGAAGGCUUCAAACUGUGGCAAGCUCAACUCGUACCGGUGGCUUUACAACGGAUUCGCUAGGGUCCUGGAACCCAACAUCACAGUCCAUCUCGACGUAGGUACGAAACUGGGAAAGCAGGCGCUUUUCAAGCUCUGGAAGGAAUUUGAUCUUGAGCCUAGGCUUGCGGCAGCUUGUGGAGAGAUCUCCUGCUCCUUGGGUGGAAACUGGCUGAGCAUUCUCAAUCCGAUUGUCGCAGCACAGAACUUUGAGUACAAGGUUGGUUUCCUGCUCGAUCGGACGUUUGAGUCUGCAACGGGCUUUCUGUCGCUACUGCCAGGAGCAUGCUCAGCCUAUAGAUACGUUGGCAGUGCUGGUAAACCACUUGAAGAUAUGCUUCUCGGCGACCCAACGUGGAUCCAAGGCCAUAAUGAGCGCCUAUCCCUAUCCCCUGUCAACCUCCUGUCCCCUGUCAACCUCAAUCGCCAUCUUGCAGACGAUAGAGUGAUUUGCUUCAGGAUAAUUAGCAAACCAAACACUCACUGGCUGUUGAAAUAUGUCCCAGUCACCGCCACUACCGACAUUCCCAUGACGACAACCGACUUCAUCAACCAAAGGCGAAGAUGGCUCAAUGGGGCUUUCUUCUCGACUAUUUACGUCUUGAAGAGAUGUGGACAUCUGUGGAGGUCUGAUCACACACGAAUGCGCAAGCUGGCCUUUUUCAUACCUCUCCUUCAUAGUGUUCUGGCUCUUGUCUUGGCUUGGUUCUCACUCGCGGCUUUUCUACUCACGACAUUCACGAUCAACAGCAUCUCUGGAGACCCUCCGAAGGAUGCACCAACUGGUGGAUUCCCUUUUGGAAAAGCAACACCAAUUGUCAACGCUGUCAUUCAGAUAGUGUACUUGGCGACUGUCUUGUUCCAGUUUAUACUCGCCCUUGGAAGUCGUCCAAGGAAUCAUCGGAUCAGCUAUAUCAUCUCAUUCGCUAUUUUUGGACUCAUUCAGGCGUAUCUAAUCAUGAACUUGAUCUAUCUGGUUAAACGGGUCGCAGACUACAAGGCCGACGAUACUGGGUCGAGUAACUACGCCUAUAUAGGGGAGUUUUAUGCCGACAUUGGCCAAAGCACCAUCAUCGUUGCUGGGUUCUCCGUUUUCGGCGUCUAUAUCCUCAGCGCUCUUCUGGCACUUGACCCAUGGCAUCUCCUCACCUCUUUUGCUCAGUUCCUCUUUAUAUCAUCCUCUUAUGUCAACAUUCUCAAUAUUUACGCUUUCAGCAACACACAUGAUGUCAGCUGGGGGAGGAAAGGUCGACAUCAAGAUACCGAAGAGGGCCAGAGACAAGAAGGGCCAAGGCCAGCGACCAUCGAGAGGCGAUUCACAUUUUCCGACCAAGAUCCAAACAUUCGAUCCGCAGCGACCCAGCGCGAUGAAACUCCACAAGCGAGAAACAGGGAGUACCAAGAGGCACUGGCUCGAGCGACUGCUGAAGAUGAGACAGUGAGCCAUGAGAGGAAGCGCCCCCAGGUCCUCGCAGUAGCAGACGCCAUGAUGGAGUUUCGCACGAUUCUACUCGCGUCAUACAUUUUCUCAAAUGUCUUCGUUUGUCUUAUUGUCUUGAACGAUAGCCUCAAAAUCUUGUGGUGGCUUGGAGAUUCAUAUUGGCAUAAAUCAAACCGCCCCGCACAUAAGCAGUUCGUUCGGUGA